AUGGGAAUAUAUGAAUCAGCUGCAGAAAAAUCGUUAGAUUUUUUUUUGAAUGAGCAUAGUGAACAAAGAGUGAAUAUGAAAGUGAGAAGAAAUGUUGAAACUUUACUUCGAGCUCCUCAGUCUCUCCUGUUACUGAUGAAUUUUAAAGACGACGGAACUACGGCCUAUCAGCUGAUACAGGGUGAACAAAUUGUUUAUCGUGACAAUGGCAUAUGUAAAUAUGGUCAAUUUUUUGAACCAGUUACUGGAAUUUGUCGAGAAUUAUUUUGUCAACAAAACUCUAUUUCAAAUGGCUCAGGUUGUGUACCAAAUAAUGAUAAACCUGAAACAGAUGAACGAAUGAGUGAUAUUGAUUUAUCUCUAACAUUAAUUAUAACAGCAGCGGAAAAUUUGUCAAUAACAACGAAUUCUACUGUAGAUCAAAACAUUCAACAUAAUAUACUUCCCACGAAACAAAAUAAUAAAAUUUGUAAUGAUUGGAUACAACUGUUUCAUACCUCAAUAGCAGAUUAUUUGGAAAUUGAUGAUGAUCGAAUAACAAAAAUCCGAUAUGAAAUGGAUCAAAAAAUUAAUAAAACAAAUGUACAAGCAAAGAGACAAAAUCAUCAAUUAACUCAACCAGAGAACCAUUCAGAAAUGUCGAAAACUAUUAAUAAUAGAAAAGAUAUUAUUACUGAUGAAUUAGAGAAGAAGCAAUCAGCGACUGUAGUUUUUUAUUUUACUGUUAAAGAUCGUAAUGAAACAAAAGAGCCCGGUGGACUUCAUGUUGUUAAUUUGCUAUUAAUCGCUAGUAAACAACGAACUGAAAUACAUUUAUGUAAAAAUUAUACAUCAAAAGUAGAGACUCUGUCGAUUUUAUCUGAUAAAAAAAAGACUGCAGCCGAAUGGUGUCAAGGAGCUGAUGACAUUAAACCAUUUUUUAAUGCUACGCUAGAUAUGCGUCCAGGACCUGACGGUGGAGUAGAAUAUUUUGUGUAUGUACCAGAAACUGGAACUAUAUACAAUCUUGGUGAUUUCAAUUUAUUUUUUAUUGUUAAUGCUGAUGAAACAAGUCCAAUACCUUCAACACAAAAUAGAUUGAGACAAAUCAAUGAUGUACACAAUAAGCAACGAUCGAAACGUUACUUGACAUCCGAGAUGAUGUUGGACGAUAAUGCUGAACAAAUCUUUCUUACAGCAGGCUUGGGAGAUCUUGCUAAAAAAUCCGAAAAUCUAGCUUUCUUACUAACUGAUUUUGGGUCAUUAUUGUCAAACUGGAGAACAGAUCCACCUGUAUCACAAAAUACUCGAUCUGGAAUCAAUUUCUCACCAUUUCAUUUAAAAUCUCAAGUUCAACAUGUAAUAACAAGUACAGUGAUAAUGUCAACUGAACAACAACCAGCCACCAAUGGUAACGAUAUUAUGAAAUUAUUUCAGGUUUGUGAUCGUAAACCAAAAAUAAAAAACGUAUGCCCGGAUAAUCAGGUAAUGCGCAUAGCAUGGUGUGAAUUUGAUAAAUUUUCUAAUAGAACAAUUAAAAAUCGUCGAACAGGUAAAUUAUAUACCAAUCGUGAAUAUCAAUAUGAUCUUUAUAUACCCGAUUUAUACAUCAAUGUGUGUAAAUAUACAUCAAAAACAUCGACAACUAUUAGUAUAUCAGAAAAAGCUCCUGGUUUUGUGACAAUGGUGGCGACAUUAAUAUCUAUAUUUGCUUUAGCAUCAACAUUACUUACCUAUUCUCUAUUUUCUGUUUUAAGAAAUCUUCCUGGAUGGAAUACAAUAAAUUUAACAUUAGCAUUAAUUAUUGCUGAAAUUUUAUUUCUUAUGCAGAGUAUAUUAUUAACAACAAGACCACUCAUUUGUCUUCUAAUGGCAUUAGGAACACAUUAUUUUUUUUUAGCAAGUUUUUUUUGGAUGAAUAUAAUGGCAUUUGAUUUAUGGCAAACAUUUCAUAAAGGAUUUUCAUUAUACAUAAGUGAAACACGUGAACGAUUACCAUUUUAUGCAUUAUAUGCAUGGGGAUCACCCAUUAUUAUUGUUUUAAUUGGUAUUAUAUUGGAUGCGAAUAAUGCUAGAUUAAAACCAUGUUAUGGACGAUUUUUUCGAGGAUGUUAUGAUCUAUGUUUUCGUACAAGAUAUGCCACACCACUUCAAGGUUGUUGGAUUGAAUCGGCAUUAAUGCGUUUCUUACUAUUUGGCAUUCCAGUUGCCAUUAUUCUAAUCGUUAAUUUUAUAUUUUAUGCUUUGACUGUUCAUAAUAUUCGUCGUACUCUAAAAAAAGUACGAGUACAAAUACAACGAAAAUUUAAAAAUAAAAAACAGAUUAUACCUGGUGAACAUGAUGUUAAAAUUUAUACACGAAUAGCUUUAAUUACUGGUUUUGGUUGGACAAUUGGAUUUAUUAAUUGGGCUAUGCCAGAUAAACAACAUGGUUUUCUUUAUUUUCUAUCAGCUGUAUUUCAAUAUUCCUUUAUAUUGUUAAAUGCUACAACAGGCAUCUUUAUAUUUGUCGUAUUCGUUUGUAAUCGUCGUGUAUUAUUGUUGUAUCAUCGUCUAAUACAAAGUGUUACACAAAAAAUUGUUUCUCUCUUCAAAAAUGUUCAACAAAAAUAUCUCGAAAUUUAUUAUAAACAAACAACAAAUAAUCAUGGAGAAAAUAAUAAUCAAUGUAAUAUAGAACUACGAAAUAAAGAAAAUGCUCUGCAACAUACAACAUAUACACAUUUACUCUCAGCACGAACAACCAACAGCUCAACGGCCACCUAUCGUACCUGGUUAUAA